CAGAAGAGUACAAAUAUCAUAGGCUGUCUCAAAUGGUGGAGCUCCAUGGUGUCCCCACACCUUAUCAUUCCUUAUCAUCACACCAAGCUAUCCAAAAUCUUUGAAAGAAACUCAAAAUUUGCUCAAACUUCAUCGCAAACGCUUCACUUUUUUAAGCGCCUCCGCCUCCCUUCGCCAUCCUUUCCUCUUCCCAUACAAGCUAUCCAAAAUUUGAAAGGAACUCGAUAACUUGUUCAUAGAAGUUGUACAACUGCACAGUAUAAAGGCCUCAACUUUUUCAAGCAGUCUCCCUCUUCCCUUCUCCAAGUUCACCCCUUCCCCUUCGUCUUCCUUCCUUCACUUUAACACCUCCCUUUUUUUUUUGUCUUUUUUUGGUCAUCAUCAUCUUCAUCUUCUUGUUCUUCUUAUUCUUAUUCUAUCACAUCGAAUGUUUCAUGUCAUUCACAAAACGCAAUAUAACCAUUUGGCUAAGACGCACUUCGAUGUCCUUUUGAGCUGGAGCAAGCUCGUCUCUAUAUUGGGAAAUAGAAGGAAGAAGGGGGCAUUCUGGUCACUGAGAGAAAGAGGGAGAGAGAGCACAGAGAAGCAGGGAGCAGGAGCACUUUCGUUCGGCCUUGGCUACUAGCUUUGAUUGGGGUCUGAAGUACAUGAAAGGCGAGUGAUUUCUGAUAAUGGAUAGAUAAUGGACAGGGCAAUCAGACAUCCCUCACCACGUUAUUCCCCCAUCAUUCUCUCAAAGGAAUCUACUUUCACGGAACCAAUGAUUCAGGAUUCCUACCAAUAAUCAUCACCAAGCCACCUCCAUCUUCUUGCUUCUUAUCGCCAUCAUCUCUUCUGCCGCCCCCUUGGAGCCAAAUCCCACGAGGGUGAUACAGUUCCUGUUCGAUUCUAGUCAACUGAGAUUACCACUUCAUCUUGGUUCUUCAAAUCUAGCUCUUCAUUGCAAGCAUACCGUUGAGUUCCUGGUUCAAAAGAACAUGAAUACUUAGUUGCUACUCUGGAUGAUCUUUCUUACUGUCAGAAGAUUGAAUUUUGAUAAGUAUGCUGGUUAUGGAUCUUCUAUGAUUUCCCCAUGAACUGGUUUAUUGAUGCUGGAGUCAUGGAGCAGAAGAGUGGCUUCCUUGGUGAUAAGGGCAAGUGUUGGUUAUGGUGGGCAGAGGAACUCUCGUUGAGGGGUUGGAAGAACCACAUCUACUGCCAUUAUUUUGGUUCCAAGAAAAUCAGGGAGACUUGGUGGAGAAAGCUUCUCUUUUUAUGGGUUGUAGGUUGGUUGCUUGGUUCUUUAUGGAUUUUCUGGUUCAUGUACUCACAAGCUGUUGAGAAGAGGAAGGAGACACUAGCGAGUAUGUGCGAUGAGCGAGCUCGGAUGCUGCAAGACCAAUUCAAUGUGAGCAUGAACCAUCUUCAGGCUUUAGCAAUUCUUAUAUCAACCUUUCAUCAUGCAAAAGAGCCUUCUGCAAUUGAUCAGAUGACUUUUGCAAGAUAUGCUGAAAGAACUGCUUUUGAGAGGCCAUUGACAAGUGGUGUAGCUUAUGCUGUUAAGGUUUUACAUGCUGAAAGAGAGGAGUUUGAGAGGCAACAGGGAUGGACCAUUAAGGUAAUGUAUUCCAAAAAGCAAUCUCUGGCUGCUGAGACACAGGAGGUGUCACCUGUACAAGUGGAGUAUGCUCCUGUUAUAUUUGCGCAAGAUGCAUUUAAGCAUGUAAUCUCAAUUGAUAUGUUGUCGGGCAAGGAGGACCUUGAAAAUAUCCUAAGAGCCAGGUCGUCUGGGAAGGGUGUUUUAACAGCUCCCUUCAGGCUUCUAAAAUCAAAUCGUCUCGGUGUCAUCCUUACAUAUGCGGUCUACCGGAGAGAACUUCCUGUAGAUGCAACUUCGCAUGAGCGAAUCCAAGCUGCCAUUGGGUACUUGGGUGGAAUUUUUGAUGUUGAAGCUUUGGUAGAUAAAUUACUUCACCAGCUUGCUUGUAAGCAGUCUAUUAUGGUUAAUGUUUAUGACAACACUAAUUCUGAUGAACCUAUAAGUAUGUAUGGUGCAAACAUUACUAAUAAGGGCAUAUACCAUAAAAGUUCUCUCAAUUUUGGGGACCCAAUGAGAAAACAUGAGAUGCAUUGCAGGUUCAAGCAAAAUCCACCUUUGCCAUGGCUUGCAAUUACAACUUCAUUUGGAGCUCUCGUUAUUGCAUUACUGAUCGGCUACAUUUUCCAUGCAACUGUCAACCGCAUAGCUAAAGUAGAAGAUGACUACAGAAAAAUGAUGGAGCUUAAAAAGAGGGCAGAGGCAGCAGAUGUUGCUAAAUCACAGUUCUUGGCGACUGUUUCUCACGAGAUCAGAACCCCGAUGAAUGGAGUUUUGGGUAUGCUACAAAUGCUCAUGGACACUGAUCUUGAUAUAACACAAGAAGAUUAUGUUAGAACUGCUCAAGCUAGUGGGAAGACUUUGGUCUCACUUAUAAAUGAGGUUCUUGAUCAGGCAAAAAUUGAAUCUGGUAAGCUUGAGCUUGAGGCUGCUCCUUUUGACUUGAGAUCUGUUUUUGAUGAUGUCCUGUCACUCUUCUAUGUUAAAUCUCAAGAGAAAGGAAUUGAGUUGGCAGUGUAUGUUUCCGAUCUGGUUCCAGAGACCCUUAUUGGUGAUUCAGGACGAAUUCGCCAAAUCAUCACGAACCUGAUGGGUAAUUCAAUCAAAUUCACAGAAAAGGGGCAUAUAUUAUUAACUGUUCAUCUUGUAGAAGAGGUUAUGGCUUGCUCAUUAGAAGAGGAAAAGAAGGGACAUUCUUUGUAUAGCUUGAGUGGUUAUCCAGUGAUUGAUAGAAGGCAAAGCUGGGCUAACUUUAAAAUCUUCAACCAAGACCUUCCAGGAUUUCAGCAGAUUCUCUCAUCUUCAUAUUCUGACCUUAUAAACCUGAUCAUUUCUGUUGAAGAUACUGGAGUGGGGAUCCCGCGCGAAGCCCAAUCCCGAGUAUUUACUCCCUUCAUGCAGGUUGGGCCCUCGAUUUCAAGGAUUCAUGGAGGUACUGGAAUUGGGCUAAGCAUUAGCAAAUGCUUGGUGAGUCUAAUGAAGGGCGAGAUUGGUUUUGCAAGUGAGCCUCAAGUAGGUUCUACAUUCACCUUUACCGCUAUUCUUUCAAGAGCACAAGCCAACUUGAACGAGUACAAGCCAUCAGAGUUUCAAGGAAUGACUUCUUUAGUCAUUGAUCAUAGGCCAGCCCGCGCAAAGGUUACAAGAUAUCAUCUCCAACGACUCGGAAUACAAUCCGAGCUAGCAAUGGAUCUGAAGGACGCCAUUCCAUUGAUUGCAGAUAGAACACAGCUUGUUAAUAUGGUACUUGUUGACAAGGAGGCUUGGUCAAAGAAUGAAGACCUUUGGCCUCUUUUUAUGGACAAACUAAGGAAGGAGAAAAAAUUAGAUACUCCAAAAGUUUUUAUUUUGGCUAAUCCUUGUAACUCUGCUAGGAACGGUUCAGCAAACUCUAUGGAAUAUGGUUCUACAGUGAUUAUGAAACCCUUAAGAGCAACUAUGCUUCUAGUAUCUUUGCAACGUGCCAUGGGAAGUGGAGGCAAGGAUAACUUCCAAAAUGGAGUGCUUCCUGGUUUGUCUUUGAGUAGCCUUCUUCAUGGAAGGCAAAUUCUUGUUGUUGAUGACAAUAUAGUGAACCUCAGAGUAGCUGCAGGUGCUUUGAAGAAGUAUGGAGCUGAAGUAACCUGUGAAGAUAGUGGAAAAAAGGCUAUAACGAAGCUCAAGCCUCCACACAAGUUUGAUGCUUGUUUUAUGGAUAUUCAAAUGCCUGAAAUGGAUGGGUUUGAGGCUACUAGAAGGAUACGCGAGAUGGAGGCUAAUAUAAACGAUCGCAUAAAGCAUGGAGAAAUUUCUUUAGAAGAUUGUGGUAAAACAUUGCAUUGGCAUGUUCCCAUAUUGGCCAUGACAGCAGAUGUGAUCCAGGCUACACAUGAGGAGUGCUUGAAAUAUAAAAUGGAUGGCUAUGUGUCAAAGCCAUUUGAAGGAGAGCAGCUAUAUAGGGAAGUCACUCGAUUUUUUAAAUCAAACACAAAGAAGAUUCAGUAGGUCAGCUUAUUGUUCUUAAUGAUACCAGAGGAUUUUGACAAGAGGGCUCUUCUAAUCCAGCCUCACGAAUCCAUCGAGCUUUUGGUUGAUUUGAUGAGUAAGCGCUCCUACGAUUAUGAGGUAAUUUGCAUUAUGCAGUUAUUAUAUAUGUCGAUAUAUAUUCAGCACUUGGAAUUAUUCUGUGCAGAAAUCGGACUCAGAACGCCGUCUAGAAACCAACCAGAAUGCGUCACGUCAGCAGUACCGAGCAGUACUAAGUCGCGGUACCGAGCACAGAGGUGACGUGGCACACUCUGGUUGGUCUCCGGAUGACGUUCGACGUCCGCACAGAAUAAUUUUUCCUGAGGUUCAGGAAAGAACUUCAUACCCUACGAUGAUGUUCCAUCACACAACUAAAUUUGAUAGUGAACAAAGAUUCUGAGGUUGGAGCAGUAGGUAGGUUUCCUCCAUUUGACCUAUAGAUGUGAUACAUUCUAGUCACAAAAAAAGAACUUUAUAUGAUGCAAGAAAUAAAUAUGGUAGCAACUUGCACUGAAGUAAGCUUUUAUUGGAAAUGUAAGCCAGGGGUGAGACUUUGCACUCUGCAAUUUCUACUCUGAAAUGGAGCUCACUAACUUCUGGUUCAGAUCAAAGCUAGACAGUGUAAAGAUGUAGAAGUAGCUAUUGACCUCAAAUUCCAUGUCCUCGUUGUACAGUAGGGAGACACUUCUUUUCCUGGUUUAAAGGUUUGUGCAGUAGAUUGAAUGAAGUGUAAAAUAAAUAUGGUAGCAACUUGGGGAGAUUCUUUGGUUCCUUCUACCAAUUAUGAUUAUGAGUGUAUAGUGAUGCACAGUCUUUGACAUCUUUCAAUUAUUUGUUGAAUCAUCUGAUAGUUUUGCAUCUGAACUUUCUCAAUACUUUAUUGCUUGGAUGUUAAUUAAUAAGAAAAAAAUUGUUCAA